CACACCACUUGGCCUAGUUCGUCUGUACUAUUCAUAGUUUUGCUGGAAAAUGAAACUUUUAAGUUUGCUUGUCCUUUUCGCUAUUGUGUACGAAAUCCAUAGCGAGGGUUCUCGGUUCUGCGGUGGCAAUCUGGCGCAAAUCUUAGAAAUUGUUUGUAAAAAUGGUUAUAAUGGAAUGGCAAUAAGUAAAAAAUCAACAAAUAAGAUAGCCGAUACGGAUGUCCUAAACAAAUUCAACGAAAUCUAUGACGAUUCGCCAUUUCAAUCGGAGACAUUUUUGAACGAUUUGCUAUAUGGCAACCAUAUCCAUGACCUGGCUAAAACACGAAGGCAGCGUCAUUUGGCAGGAGUUUAUGAUGAAUGUUGCCGCAAGUCAUGCACAAUGGACGAGUUGGCUGGAUACUGUUUGUAAUGCCAUGAAAUAAAUUUUGUUAUUACAUUAUUUUAGAUAAGACUUAAGAAAAAACUCUUACCGAAUUGCAUAGAAUUCUAUCAUUACUUAGAAUGAGCCCCAAUUAUGUUAAGGAAAUAAAUGUUGAUUAUAUAAAGUA